AUGGAUCACAAAGACGACACUGCUGUUAUCUUCCAGGGUGAUAAGGUAGUGCUGAUCGAUAUUCCACGGUCAAUUACCAUUGCACAAGGCAGGCUUCCCGUCCAACAGUCAAGCCCGAAAAGCUCGUCAAUCGAGCAAAAACGUCUUCUUUCGUGCAGGCCUCUGAAAGAGCCAUACCCAUCUACUGAGCCUAAAAACCCCACUGCUCGUGCCAAUGUUCUCCAGACAAUUCCUAUAUCCGAGAGGCGGUUUCACUCCGAAAUCAUCCUGCCUCUCGUGAAACAUUCGUUGGAAAGAAUCAGAGCUGCGACAUCCUCAACUCGCUGGGGGCUCGAUCGGCUUGUGCCGAUAGAGCAUAGAAUUCCAGUCUCAAAAGAUGCAGUUUCACGAAAGCGAAGAAAAGAGAAUACGCCAAAUAUCUGCUGUGAUCAUGUAUUCAGCGACGGACCACCAUUGAUUCUAUCAUCGAGCUCGCCAAACGAGUUCAGGUCAUUAUGUGAUCUGAACGUAGUGAAGAACCCAUCUCCUGAACCGGCAAUCAUCAAAAUAUCCCAUAAUGGAAACAUGGUUCCUUCAUCAUAUAUGAUCCCUCCUGAGUCAAGUUUUAUACUUGGCACAUUACCUCUGUUUGAGACUCCGAAUAACCGUUCAUCAUCUUCCUACCCCAUCCCCGGUCUGUCCUCGCAUCAGAAAUUCAAUCUCAUCCUCAUGGAUCCACCAUGGCCAAAUCGAUCUGUCCGGCGCAGCGCGCACUAUCAAACACAUCACUACUCCGAAAUGGAGGUUCUAGCCGAGGGUCUAAGGGAUAUCCUUCGAAAACACUCAUACAACCCAGAAGCUACACCGCAAGCCUCAUGCACCGAGUCCCCACCUGAGUCCCGUGCUUCGCAGUCAAUAGCUGCUAUAUGGAUCACCAAUGCUGAGAAAUCUCGCAAGGCAGCCUAUCAAGCACUGGUAGGCUCUGGAUUCCGCAUUUGCGAGGAAUGGGUCUGGAUCAAAACCACUAUCGAUGGCCAACCGAUCUCGGUCCUGGACGGGAUCUGGCGAAAGCCGUACGAGAUUCUUGUCAUUGGCCGCAGAGACGCAGAUACGCCUAUCUCAGAGGAGCUGAGGCCGUCACUCCCCACAAUGGAUGACUUAGCUUUCAUAAGUGAGUCUGUCACUACUAGACGGGUUAUAGCUGCCGUUCCAGACCUGCAUUCUCGCAAACCAAACUUGAAGGGCAUGUUUGAGAGAGUUUUCUUCGAGUCUGGUCAAUCGCAGUCGUAUUCCGCCCUUGAGGUCUUUGCACGCAAUCUAACAGCUGGCUGGUGGGCUGUUGGUAAUGAAGUCUUCAAGUUCAAUGCUUGCGAGUGCUGGGCUGACCCUAGCGAAACAGGCUAUGAAUGGAUCACAGGACAAUAA